GUUUAAUUUCACUCUUAAUUCAUAUACUUUUCGUUUUCACUGAAAAGUGUUUAUAGCAUAUGAUAUAAAAUUCUAGUUAUAUCGAUUGAUUCCAUAAUCAUACAGAAAUAAGAAGUCUAAAAGAGAGAUCGCUCAGUCCAGAUAUUUUUAGUUGUGUAGUUAAAACUUACAAUCAUCGGUUCAAUGUAAUAUCCAAAAUCAAUCAAAUUAUCGAUGAACUAAAAUCCAAAAAAGUGCAGGUGUCAAAUCUGUGACUUAAUGCCAAUUAUAUAUGUGUCCGACUACAUUAUCAUAAGGGUCCACUUGAUAAAUUGAUCAGAUUAAAAGAAAAAAAAAAGUCAUUUGGUGAGAGAAAAAAUAAGCGAUGCCACGGGGUCUGUCAUAGUGACGACUGUCCACUUUAGCCCACCAUCGACACCGUGGUCCGUGACGCUCUCCCUGCAUACGUGCCAAUACGGCGUUGGCUCAUUUGGUUGAAUUCAUUUACCUUUUUAUAUCUUGGUGACGCAGUUACCUCAUCUUAUUUGUUGUUUUUCUAAAGUGGGAUUAAUAGUCUUAAACCCUAAGUCUGCAAAUAGUGUCUACUUUUGUCAUAGGAUUCGCUUUCUUAGAGAUAUCUAAGCAUAAUUUGUGAUUAAUUUAUUUAGUAUAUCCCAUCAGUUUGAUGCAAAUGACACUGACAUUUGUUUUGACUAACUUCUAAAAGAUUCCUUGUGAAGUUAGUUUGUCUGAGGCUAGUACCAAUGGCAUUUGUUACUCACAUGAUCAGAGACGUGUUCAGUUAAUAUGUGUCUAUGUUUGUAUUGUAUUUUGUAAAGUCUGAGAUAUUUUGUAAAGUCUGAGAUAUUUUGUAAAGUCUGAGAUAUUUUUGUUUGUAUGUGUCUAUGUUGCUGACUAUGUUUUUACCUUUUUAGUGAAUAUAACAACUUACAACUGACAAUGUGUCUGAGUUACUAACAAAGCUACUAACCAAAGAUUGUUUGAAAUAUCUCGAUACACUUAAAGUAAGCAAAGAACAAAGCCUCAUAGAUAUAAAAUCAAACUUAUCAAAGCAAAUAGGAAAGUAAAAAGAAAAAGAUGGACCUGGACAUUAACAAGAACAAUCUAAUGCAAACAAAAAAGCUAAGGAAUCCGCAAGAUACAUGACAUGCAUUAAAAAAAAUAACAUAAGCAACAACAACAACAAACUUGAAAAUAUUCUCGUCCUAUUUUUAACAUUUAAACAUAUUUAUUAAGACACUAACUUUUGGUUUUAAACUGUCACAUAAGACUCGCUCAAAUUGCUAAGCAAAGCCACUGAUAUAUAUUUAACAUAGCCACUUCCUUCUCCUCACUUCUCUCUACUCACUUGUUAGUUAUUACAUUAUUUUCUUUCACCACAAGCAACUCUUAGAACAAAACCUUUCUUCAUUCCCAAUCAAUUAAACAAAACUAGUUACAGCCGGAGUGUUUUCAUAUCCGGCCGUACCAAUCCUCAAAUGGCGUCAACAACAACAAUACCAGAUCCUGAUGUCUUCCCAACAAUCACCAUGCCCAUCACAGUAAUCUUAACCGGCGGUCUUCUCUUUAUAAUUAUCGCCGGAUUCUUCACCCUCUUCUUCUGGAGAUGUCUUCUGAACCGUUUGUCCUCAGCUUGGACCCUUCAGAGAACACCCUACGGUGACCUAAUCCACGUCACCACUCCCCCUGAAAACACAGGCCUCGACUCAUUUAUCAUCAAGUCCUUUCCUGUAAUCCUCUAUUCAUCCGCAACAAUGAGAAACCAAUGUACUGAAUGUGCCAUCUGCUUGGCAGAGUUUUCAGAUGAAGACACCGUUAGGCUAAUAACAGUGUGUCGUCAUGGAUUUCAUUCAACUUGCAUUGAUUCUUGGUUUGAGUCACACAAGACUUGCCCUGUUUGCCGGUGUGAGUUAGACCCCGGAGUGGUUGGUUCUGGAAGCCAUGAGUCUUUGCACAACACGGUUACAAUUACUAUUCAAGACUUAAACUAUGAAGAAGUGAAUCCUCCUUCCACUAGUUCAAGCAAAAGGUUCCCUGAAGCCGCCUCGGCUUGGCCAUUCUCUAGGUCACAUUCUACAGGUCGUUUUAUGGUUAAGACCAAAAGAGAACAUUACCAAUUCAAAGAAAAUUAUCCUACCACUAGUUCAAGCAAAAGGCUUAUGGAAGCAUCGGCUUGCCGAUUUUCGAGGUCACAUUCUACUGGACAUUUCAUGGUUAAGACGAUGGAUAAGACCAAAGGAAAACAUUACCAGACAGGAAGCAGUGUCAUGUUUGAAGAAAACAAUCCUACAACUAGCUCAAGCAAAAGGCUUAUGGAAGCCUCGGCUUGGCGAUUUUCGAGGUCAUAUUCUACAGGACAGUUCAUGGGUAAGACGAGGGAUGUCACUAUGAAGAUCAAAGGAAGACAUUACCAAACAGGAAGCUGUGCCUCGUUUGAUGAACUUACUAGGUAUGAUGAAGCUACAGGAUACGGUAUGGCUUGGUGA